AAAAAAGAAGAAGAAGAGAAAUGCAUAUAGUAAAAUUGAGAAGCACUGUACUACGAAAUAUACAUAUAUCAGAGAAUCAAAGCGAAAGGUUAAAGGUGCGUUCGAGGUUUAGUGUGAAUGCACGCGAGCCCACGUGAGGUGGCCAGCGCAGGUGUGAUCGUACCUUUAGCGCGAGUGGGUGGCCAGAGGGGGAUGGCUUAUCGACCAGGAUGCUCUAGGCUCCAGAAGCUCAGUAUUCGCGGGACCACCACCCCGUCGAAGCGAUCUCCUCGUCCAACCGGGAUAUAAACGAACAGUGCUUGCUUACAACUUCUUGUUCCAUCGUUAUAUCACACCGAUGUACCGUUCAUCGUGAGAACGAGCCUUCUUCUCACCUGUCACCGGUUCUAUCCCCCUCGCGAAUCGACGUCUCUUCAACGGAAGCUUUCGUCGAACGCAAUAGUCAAAAUGAUCACGGCGUUGCCAGUACCCUCGGUGAAGGUCUUCCACAAAACCUAUUACCAGGAGAAAGGAUCCAGGAUAGGGAACAGUCAACCUGGAAGCCCUUUGGCCGAGAGUGAAGCAGUGCUGGCGUUAGUUGAUAAGGAACCCCCGGAAUAUUACUUCUGCGGCAAGGUCAAUUCGUUGCACGUGGUGGUCGGUUCAUUGCUGCUGGGCGCAGUGGUGUUGGUUGUAGGCUUGGUGCAACUCGCGCCCGGGGCAGAAGCUGCACAAAACUCGACCGCUCUCAUCGUCGUUGGAUGUAGUUUGCUCGUGGUCGGUGUUUUCCUCGCGCCCCUCAGAGCGCUGUGCAUCAAGAGACAGAAGGCUGCGCAGAAGGAUGGGACGCAUCAAAGAAGCGUCACCAGUAUAGACAUGCUGUUGGCUCAACACAGAGAUUUCACGGUCCUGACGCCGGACGAGUUGGAAGACCUUGUAGGCCGGCCGACCUCCGCUCUCGAGAACAAAAUCCGCAAACAGGGCCAGAAUACCUAGGUAUUGCCGGCCUCGAAGAAGGCCCAUCCAUCCUCGCCAUCGUGCUCGAACACGCCAUCGUCAUCGACGUCGCCAGGAACUAGCUCAUCCAUUCUCUACACUCAUCGUUACGACUCUCGUGAACACAGUCUGGUUUAAGCAAGAAAAGAAAGGAGGGAAAAUAAAGAAAAAGAAAAAAAAUAGAAAAUGGAAGAUAAAUACAAGAAAAAAACAAACAGACUGGCGUAUCGUGUCAGUUCGUUCGAUUUUUUAGACAGAAAAUUCAAUUCUUGAUGCACGCCGAACGAGUGCAACACCCGUUUCCUUCUACGAAGGUGCGUACACGCUUGCCUUUAUCUUGGUGCAAGGCGAAAGUUGAGAAAGGGAGAUAAUAAAAAAAAAAAAAAAAAAUAAUCCUUGAAAUUUUAGAAAUUUCACGGGCGCAAAAACGAGACAUUGUAUGAGUUUUGUUUUUUAGUUGAUAAGCACUCGCGAUAGGAAAUCGCCUAAAAUAAAAAAAAAA